AGCCCUGGUUCCUUCCCCCCACUCAUCUUGCAUUUUGAGCCCUGGUGGUCCCCCCCCCCCCCGCAAGCCUUAGAAUAUAAACCGGCAUCUUGCAAGCUGACUUAUUUACCUUGGACCACAAACGGGCGUCCGGGCCUGACCAUCCACUGUAUCCAAAGGUAGAGGCUUUAGUUGGGCCAGCUGAAGGCUGAAACAGGCACCGGCUGGCACCUGGGCAAGGUGCGGGUUUACCUGCCCCUCAAACUUACACAAUGCCCCCCCUUCACCCGGAAGCCAGGCUGCUGAUUGCCCCACAGACUUCUGGGGUGGCCAGGCCUCCAGCCCAGGGGCCGGUCACCUGUUCCAGAGCCAGACCCCCCAGGCAGGCAGGACGAGGACCGUAGAGAGCUGCAAGGUCUUUCGGGGGGGGGGGGGGGAGGGUCGGCUUUGAGAGUCCCAGCUCCCUUCUUCAGGCACCUGACAAAAGCAGUGUUGACUCCUGAAAGGUCACUCAUACCUCCCCCCCCGCCCCCAAACACACAAAUCUUGUUGGUCGCUGCAGUGCUGCUGCCCAGUUUCUGGGGCUCCUCCUUAGCCUCUCCGUGCUUCCCUUCCAGCUAUGUCUGCAUUCGAAGUCCAGCCGCAUCCCACAGAGGUCCACGAAGGAGGCGUGGCCCGGUUUGCCUGCAAAAUAUCUGCCAACCCUCCGGCCGUCAUCACCUGGGAAGUCAACCGGACAGCCUUGCCAGCCGCCACGGACAGAAUCACCGCGUUGCCUUCAGGAGUGCUCCAGAUCUACAACGUCCAACAAAAGGAUGCUGGGAAUUAUCGUUGCGUCGCCACUUCUGUGGCCAACCGGCGGAAGAGCGCAGAGGCCGGGCUCUCCGUCGUUGCAGCCUCGGCCACCCAGCCUUUCCACAAGCCAGCCAUCAUAGCCGGGCCACAGAACACGACCGCCUCCCUCCACCAGACGGUGGUCUUUGAGUGCAUGGCCACCGGGCAGCCGAGGCCCAUCGUCUCCUGGAGCCGCCUAGACCACAAGUCCAUCGACGUCUUCAACACUCGCGUCCUGGGCAACGGGAACCUCAUGAUCUCCGACGUGAAGGUGCAGCACUCGGGCGUCUACGUCUGCCGGGCGACCAUCCCGGGCACCCGCAAUUUCACCACGGCCAUGGCUACUCUUGUGGUGCUGGCUCCGCCUUCGUUUGUGGAGAGGCCGGAGAGCUUGACGAGGCCUCCUCACAUGGCACUGCUCCGCUUUUAUGCUAGGGCGGGAGGGGUAAUUUUAGCACCCAGGGUGACUUGGCUGAAGAACGGGAGGAAGAUCCACUCCAACGGCAGGAUUAAAAUGUACAACAGUAAAUUGGUGAUCAACCAGAUCAUUCCCGAGGACGACGCCAUCUACCAGUGCCUGGCGGAGAACAGCCUGGGCUCCCUCCUGGCUCGGGCCCGGCUGACGGUGGUUCUGUCCGAGGACCGGCCCAGCGCCCCCUGCAACGUCCACGCGGAGACCAUGUCCAGCUCCGCCAUCCUGCUCGCCUGGGAGAGGCCGCUGUACAACUCGGACAAAGUGAUUGCCUACUCCGUCCACUACAUGAAAGCGGAAGGUCUGAACAACGAAGAAUACCAGGUUGUCCUCGGCAACGACACCACCCACUACAUCAUCGAUGACCUGGAACCGGCAAGCAACUACACCUUCUACAUCGUGGCCUACAUGCCCAUGGGGGCCAGCCAGAUGUCCGACCACGUGACGCAGCACACCCUGGAGGACGUCCCUCUGAGAGCUCCUGAGAUCAGCCUGACGAGCCAAAGCCCCACCGACAUCCUGACCUCCUGGCUGCCGAUCCCUGCCAAGUACCGGCGAGGCCAAGUGGUUUCCUUCCGCUUGUCGUUCCGGCGUAGCACGGAGAGCGCCGUCCAAGGGGUGGAACUCCCGGGCUCCACUUACGAGUACCUGCUCCGAAACCUGAACCCGGACACCGUCUACCUGGUCCGAAUUACGGCAGCCACGCGCGUUGGCUGGGGAGAGGCGUCUCUGUGGACGUCCCACCGGACCCCGAAGGCCACCAGUGUCAGAGCCCCAAAGUCUCCGGAGCUGCGCUUGGAGCCCCUGAACUGCACGACCAUCACCGUCAAGUGGCAGCAGGGCCUGGGUGACACGGCCACCAUCCAAGGCUACAAGCUGUACUACAAGGAGGAGGGCCAGCUGGAGGGCCCCCCCAUCCUGCUGGACGCCAGCAUCCUGACACACACCGUCAGCGGCUUGGAUCCCCGAAGGAAGUACCACGUCCGGCUCCUGGCCUACAACAGCUUGGAGGAAGGCUACCAGGCAGAUCAAACUGUCAGCACCCCGGGAUGUGUCUCUGUCCGGGACCGCCUGGUGCCUCCGCCGCCUCCCCCUCACCACCUCUACGCCAAAGCCAACACCUCGUCUGCCGUCUACCUGCACUGGGGGCGUCCGGCCUUCACCUCCGCACAGGACAUCAACUACACUGUUCGUUGCAACCCAGUGGGGCUCCAGAACGCGUCUUUGGUCCUCUACCUUCAAACAUCCGAGACUCACCUGCUGAUUCAAGGGCUGGAGCCGAACACCAAGUAUGAGUUUGCCGUUCGGCUGCACGUGGAUCAGCUGUCGAGCCCAUGGAGUCCUGUGCUGUACCACACGACGCUUCCGGAAGCACCCUCUGGCCCCCCACUGGGAGUGAAGGUGACGUUGAUCGAGGAGGACACAGCGUUGGUGUCUUGGAAGCCGCCAGACGGGGAGAGGAUGGUCGUCUCUCGCUACACCAUCUUGUACGCCUCCCGGAAGGCCUGGAUUGCUGGAGAGUGGCAGGUCUUGUACAGAGAAGGUACCAUGACGAUGGCUUUGCUGGAGCAUCUCCUGGCUGGAAACAUCUACGUCAUCCAGAUAGCUGCCUCCAACGAAGUGGGCGAAGGGCCCUUCUCCAGUGCCGUCGAACUGGCUGUCUCGCCCAAGGAAGCAUCCGAGUCCAAUCAGAGACCCAAGCGGUUGGAUUCUGCUGGUGCCCCUGAGACAGCCUCCUCCGGCUACUAUCCCCUGGACCAGAAGUCCAUGACCGGCAUCAUCGCUGGCGUCUGCAUCGCUCUCACCUGCAUCUUGCUCUGCGUCCUCAUCCUCAUCUAUCGCAGCAAAGCCAGGAAGACGUCUGCUCCCAAAAGCCUGCCCCAGGGCUCCGACCCACUCUCUCGCAGCAGCCUCUCUUCGGGAGGAGCCGGCGAGGGGGCCAAGAGCGCGGAGGGCAUUGCGGAGAACGAGGAAGCGCUGCUGCCAAUGAUGGAGGGGAGCAACUUCCUGGAUGCCAAGGGCGGAACCGACCUGAUCAUCAACAGCUACGGCCCCAUCACGAAGGCCAACUCCAAAAGGAAAUGGGUGUUCUUCCAGGACUUGAAGAAGGGGCAGCUGGGAGAGCCCCAGAGGCAGCGCGACAAAGCAACGUGCCUGUAUCAGGCAGACACCGCCGUCCUCUUCGCCGAGGGUCAGCCUUGUGGACCUGCAGGACAACAGCCGAGCCACCAGGUGGCCUACGACGUGGUGGUGGCUGACACGGAGCACUCGGCCAACAGUGAAGGGAGCCACGACACGGGCGACUCUGGGAGGUUCUCCCACGAGUCCAGCGAAGAGUUGGCCCUCCCCAUUGACGCCGGGGCGUCCUCGGCCCCCUCCGCUCCUUGGGAAGGCCCCGCCGUGCCCGGGCAGCCCGUCCUGCGUGCCUCCAAAGAGCCUCCUGACCAAAGAGCCCCCUCCCCACUCCGGCUCCCUCCGCCAGGGCAGAACUGAGUUGCUGGCCAGACCCCCGGGGCAGAAGGGGCUGUUCAAGGACAAUGGACAGGGAGCCCCCCCUCCACUUUCUGUGGGGCCGCCCCCACUCUGUCCCUGGCGUGUGGGGCCUUUUUGGUAACGUGUUAAACUCACUUGCUUUGAAUGUUUGUUGCUCAACAAUGUGAAAGGGGAGGGAGAAGGAGAAGAAGGGUUUAUAUAUAUCUAUAGCUCUAUAUAUGUAUCACUGGAGCAAAGGGAAGCCCCCUUUGCUGACUAUCUACCUCAGUUUGCCAGGCGGUGAACUCUGAAGACCGGCUCCGCUACCUCACCUGCGCGUUGAGGGUUGGUCUCGGCUACGGAACUGACCGUGCUUCCUCGUAGCCACCCCCUGUCUGUCCCCCCCCCCAUUUAUAUGUGUAGCGUGUGAAUGUGUGAGUGUGUGCGUGUGUGUGUGCGUGCUCAAAGGAGUCGUAUAGGUCAGUGUGCAGAGCUGUCUGGCUGGAGCUCUGGUUCCAGGAACGAAACGGUGCAGCCGCCUGCCUCUGCAGCAAGAAGAGCGCUGCCCAGGUUGUCUGUCCGAUGGCAGAAUCCAGCAUCCAGAGUCCCUCUGCAAAGGGACAUGAGGUGGGGGCAUGAGGGCUGCCCAGCUGGGGGGGGGGUGCUGAGGCUGUAGCCCUAAAAUGCCCCCAGAGGAGAGUCUGCCCGCUGCUGAGCCCCCCGGGGAUCCCCCCCCCCCCCCGCCAGUUCCUCUCCAGGACGAUCGAGCUGCCUUUUUGAACCACGUCUCCCCAUCUGCCUCAGAGAGUAGUGCCUUCUCCUUGUGGUCCUCUGUGUCGUGGCAGAUCGGCGGGGGGCCCCAGCGCUCGUUUCUGUCCUCCGGCCACGCUCCACUUCAAGCAUUCCCUGCCAUUUCCUAGCAACGGUGCCUUCCGUGUUGUCCUCCGAAACCACAGGUUCGCCUUGUGCCUUCUUUCAUGUUCAUGCAGUUGCUUUGAAGUACGGAAAGAUGCCUUAAGUGCUCUCGGUGGGCUUGCCCCUCUCGCCUCCGGGGCUGCUGCUGCUGCUGCUGUCACCCCCUUUCGGGCUGGCUCUCCACCCAGGUAGCGCCCCAAGCUCUGGAGAAGCUGCCCAGGAAGGGAGAAGGCAGAGGUUGAGCUGAACAGACCUGGAACCCCGUGCGACUCCCCCUCCCCCUCCCCUUCGAUACUACCUCCUUGGAAACUGAUUCCAGUAUUGUUGUUGUUUUCCUGUACUCAGGGCGCAGUUGGUGUCUUUUAAGCUGCCUCGCAGCAAUGCGGGCAAACUGACAGGGUAUCGUGUGUGGUUUGUUUUUGAGUCGGAGGUCCAGAGUGUGAGCCCAUCCCCCAAAGCCAAGCCGUGCAGACUGACCUCCCCUGGUCCGAGUUCGGUGUCUCUCCCAGGCGGGCGAAGAACCUGUCCUGAGGUGACUCCCCCCCCCCCCCCUGCACCCAGGCAAGGGUCUCCUUGUGCUGGAGGAAGAGGCCGGAGCUGGUCAGCCUCUCUGUAUCUGUUUGGCUUCGAGGGAUUGGUUGAGCUCUCCUCCAGAUGUUUCGCCUGAGUGGGUGCGUGCGUGCGUGCGUGUGGGUGGGUGUCUCCUAGUGCAGUUCAUCUUCCACUGUUGUCUUGAUACGAAAGGCUUUAAAGAGAUGAUAACCUUGUACCAAAGAAUUUUCUGUAGGAAAAAAAGCUGCAUAUUUUCCAAAAAAACACACGAUUGCUCUAGUUGAAGAAAAAAAAAAUAGAGGUUUAAAUCCAUUUUAUUGCCUGUGUAGCUACUAACCAGAAGCAGAAGGGAACCGAACCGUCGGCCUUCUCUGGGUCAUAGAAAUGGGUUGACUAGAUAUAGCUAUUCCAGUUUUAACUACCUUAUUGUUAAAAGAACUCUUUUUUAAAAAAAAAAGAAAAAGAAAGUUGAAAUAACUGCUCCAAAGAUUUCCAAGUGUAAUUAUGUUUUCCUUUUCUUCGGCAAUUAGCCCUUUUGACAGUCCAGUAUUAGAAUAUUUUUGAAUGGGUUUUUUUUUUGUAUCUACUUGCUGAAGAAAAAGAAACUUUUCUCACCAAAGAUUUAUUUUUUUGGUCUCAUUGGGUGAAAUCGUUGCGCCUACGGCUGAAGUUCGACAAGAGUCUAUCUUGGCUGUGUCGCACGGAGCUUCCCGAUUGGCCUCGUCUCUCUCAAAUGCGCAAAGAGCUGAUAUGUCCGGGUAACCGUUUCCUUCUCCAAAGAUUUGUCUGCUUUCGAGUGCUGACCCUUUAGAUGCUGUCGGGGCACCAGUGGACUGUACUGCUAUGGGCUGUCGUGCCAAAGACUGCGAGGGCGCCAAGCCCAGAGGGAGGGGAGUCCCAGCCCCCAACCCCCCCCCCACUCCCUGGGCUAGCUUGGGCUGCUGGAGGACCACAGAGCCUGCCAGGUUUCCCAAGGCACCAAGUUCUGUGAAAUUUGCCUUCUUUGGCUAAGCUGAUGGCGUCUCCUCUGUUGCCCACUCAGAGUUGGCUGGGGUGCCCCAGAGACCCACAACAUCCUCACCUCCGAUGCUAACCAGAGAAAUUGUUUUCUUCAAGUACUUUGCAGCAGCACAUGGAGACAACCAAAGAUAUUUAAGGUUACCUUAGCAUAGAGGCGUGUGUUAGUUAGGUCUCUCUGCUUUGCUUUUCUUGUUUGUGUUAGCAUUAGGUUAUGACGAGUCCCUCCAGACCCCCGGCCCGCAUCAAACACGCAUUAGGACUCUGGCCCGUGCCUCGUCUGCCUGGCUCAGCGCACGAAGGCAGCCAAGGGGGCUUCCGCCUCUGCUAAGCCCAGGGCCCGGCUGUCGGGACAGCGGCUUGGGUUUGCUCAGGCAUCAAAGAUGUCCAGACUGGCCAAGCAAAUCGGGUCACAUCAAUCCUUUCCUUCCUAGCCAAGGGAGCAGAACUUCCUUCGACUCCAGUGGCAUCGGGCUACUCACCAAAGUUAUUCUCAGCAAAGCACAUACUCCGGAAUAGUCCCAUUGAUGUCAGUGGGAUACCAAAGAUAUAACUCUGGAGUAAGUGGUGUGUUGAGACAUUCUGUCCUUAUCCUGUGGUGCCCGUGGCAAUGACGCCAACAGACAAACAUCUCCUUCGUACAGGUGGCACAAAAAUGCACAGGCCAAACAGCCCAGAGGCGGCUGAACGUGAUUGUGCCUCUGUCCAGAGCAUCUGGAAGUGGGAAGGUUUCCUCUCUUGCAUGACUUAAAUGCUGCUAGACCAGAUGAUAGAUUAACGCAAAAGCUAGAGCCAAUGUGAGCAGGCAUGCUCGCAUUCAGGAGCCAGAUGUGGUUUGGAGAUG